GAGGAGAACCUUUCUUCUAAGAUAGUCACAGGAUUGAAUGGCUGAUGCAAAACUAUUAUAAAUUCUCAACAUUUACAAAUAUAAAUGUCGCCUAGAAUAAAGGGUAAAAGAGAAAAAAAGAUUUUGGAAUUGACAAUAAAAGAUGAGCCAAGAACAACUAGAGAAACAUAUUCCGGCAAGUAUUGAUUGCGCUGAUGGAAAACUAGAGGCUGAAAAGGUUCCAGCAAGUAUUGAUGCAGCGGAGGAGAAAAAGAAAUGUGUAGUCGCCGAAGCCUCCGGCGAAAAGGUGGAGGGAGAAGUAAGCCGGAAAAAGUUAGGAGCUAAUUCUCCAUCAUCGGAAGGAACCAUAACGAUUGGAGAGGCUUUAGAGGCAGCGGUUCUCACAGCAGGGAAUAAGCCUGUGGAAUGGAGUGACGCAGCUGCCAUACAAGCGGCCGAGGUAAGAGCAACAGGGCGGACCAACAUCAUGCCUGGCGGUGUUGCAGCUUCGGCUCAAUCAGCUGCUACUCUCAACGCUCGGGUCACCUCCGAAGAUGAUAAGACAACGCUCGCUGAUGUUCUCACUGUGAGUAAUAAGAUAACACAAAUGUGUAAAACUAUGAUACAAUGUACAUAUUAUUACUUACAUUUACGGAUUAGAAUGACUUUUUUCUUCAUCUUUUGGGUACAAUGGUUUUGAAAGGGAGCGAGUAGCAAACUACCGUCCGACAAAGCAGCAACGAGAAAAGACGCAGAGGGAGUGACAGGCGCAGAGAUGAGAAAUGAUCCUCAUCUUACUACUUAUCCCACUGGCGUGGCCGCCUCUGUCGCUGCUGCCGCUCGAAUUAAUCAGGCCAAGUGAUACCAUUCUUCUUUCUUGGUAUUGAGAAGCCAAGUUUAUAGUAACUAACUUUAUGUGUAUAUAUAUGUUGAUGUAUAUAAGAUUUUGAGUCUUUUUAUUAUACCUAUU